ACCAUGAUUGAUAAGAUUAAGGUGAUUGCAUCUUUUUAUGUAUUUUGCAUUCAAAUGAGUUGUCAGUCAUUAAACAGUGAAUUGAAACUGACUGAAGAUGAAUGUGGACAUAAGGACUGGAGUAUAGUUUCUAGUGCCAGCUGUUCAGUGAAAUAUGGUGGCGUCCUCAAAGUUUCACUCCAGACAAAUAGUCCUGUUGACCAAGUGGAAUAUCAUUCAGUGAAAGAAUUGAUUCAUUCAAAAGUAUUUAUUGUGAAAAAACGUCAUGUUCAAAGUGGAGAACGUUAUGUCGUGAAGGAUGGAUAUUUUUUUUUGUACAACAUGACAAUGGAAGAUGAAGGUACUUAUGUUGGCUGGGGAAAGAGCUCACUCCUGUUCACCCUAAACAUUACAGUGACUGCCCAUGAACAGACACUGAUCCUGCAACAUGGUGACAACCUGACCAUUUCUAUUGAUUUUUGGAAAUCAAUGAUGACUGUUCUGUUCUUUCAUGGAAGACUGAACAGUUUCAUCAAACUUUUCCCAGCAAUUGACAAUGGAAGCCUUUCUUCCUAUGAAGGUCGUCUUUCACUUCAGAAUGGUUUGCUGAUAAUAAGGAAUGUGACAGAGGAAGAUGCAGGAAACUAUACAGUGAAAGACCAAGCAGCAAACAUUGUCAGUGUUUACAGUGUCAUUAUAAAAGAAUCCUCAACUCAGAGCAUAAGUUACACCUCCUAUCGAUAUUUUCUGAUCAUUCCAAUUAUGAGCUGGUUUGUGGUCAUCAUCUUCUGUGUGUCAAUAUAUUAUAAAAGCCUUCAGCACAGAGACACUCCACUUUGACCCCUGAAAAUGCUAAUGAUGCGUAUUUUGGAGCUGAAGCGUGUACUUUAUUUUAAAUUUGACUGAACUUGUGAAGGAAAGGGUGGCAAUGAAAAACUCAUUGAA